UACAAAACAAAUGAGUAAACAUUUUUAUAUGAAAUUUGCCUCUAAUUGUUUGAAAACCUCUCUCUUUCUUUUCUUGUCCUUUCAUAUAAAAUGCUAUUCUCUACGGUUCAAAAUUUGGCACCCAUCACCAUUGAAUUUUGUCUUCUAGUUUUUCUUCCCUCUUCAUCCGCUUUUAGCUUUUUGGGGUCCACUGGAAAAUCUCCGAAAAUUAUUGAUUAAUUUUUGUAAAUUUUUUUUAUUUUUUAUUUUUUCCUGGUGGGUCUCUUUGGGUUUUGAGAAUUUUACAACGUUUUUUAUUCUGAAAGGGUGGAUUUGUUAUUAGAAUAUGGGAGCUUGCUGCAGUAAAGAUGGCAUGCAUAGUGGAAGGUACUUGGAAGAAAGACGUGUGGUUCAAAAAGUAUAUGAUGUUAAGGAAGAAGACGAUGAAGAUCAAAAUAUUCAAUAUGGAGAUUGUGGGGCUCGUAUAAGGUUGGAUGGUUUUUCAAAUUUUAUAUCUAUGUAUACCCAACAAGGCAGAAAAGGGAUCAAUCAAGAUUCCAUGACUGUUUGGCAGGACUUUACUGGUGAGGAAGAUAUGUAUUUCUGUGGUGUUUUUGAUGGUCAUGGUCCUUAUGGUCAUAUGGUUGCGCGCCAUGUACGUGACAAUUUGCCUUCAAAGAUCUCAAAAGCAGUUAAAGUUGCACAACAAAGCGGCCAUAACCAGCGUAAUAAUGAUGGUGAUUCUAGCGGUAAUGAGGAUUCCGAAGACAACCAUAACCAGAAACAUAGUAUCAAUACUCUAUCUCUUUCCUCAUGGGAAGCCUGUUUAAUUAAAGCUUUCAAGGAGAUUGACCAAGAGCUUAGCCUAGAUACCUCAAUGGAUAGCUUCUGCAGUGGUUCUACAGCCGUGACCAUAGUUAAAAGGGGUGACCAUUUGAUAAUAGCCAAUUUGGGGGAUUCUCGUGCAAUUCUUUGUUCUAGGGGAGAGGAUGAAGAACUUGUUCCUGUCCAACUUACAGUAGAUCUUAAACCAGAUGUUCCAAGUGAGGCUGAAAGAAUCAAGAGCUGUGAAGGCAGAGUUUUUGCAGUGGAUGCAGAACCAAGUGUUUAUAGAAUAUGGAUGCCCGACGUAGAUUGUCCCGGUCUGGCAAUGGCAAGAGCUUUUGGGGAUUUCUGUCUCAAAGAUUAUGGCCUUAUUUCAGUCCCUGAUGUUUCUUAUAGAAAACUCACAGAUGAUGAUGAAUUUGUAAUCUUGGCCACUGAUGGGGUUUGGGAUGCUUUAUCAAACACUGAGGUUGUAAGAAUAGUUGCUUCAGCAAGGAGGAGAUCCCUGGCAGCUAAAUGUCUAGUAAAAGGAGCUGUUCGAGCUUGGAGACUAAAAUAUCCAUGUUCGAAAAUUGAUGAUUGUGCAGUAAUCGUCCUCUUCUUGAAAGACCAACCUACUUAUAGUUUUUACUCCAAAUCUGACUCGACCAGGAGCAAUUUAAAUGAUGCAGACCUUGUUACUCGUAUACCAAAGACCUGUCAUAGAAGUCCUCGGUCUGCGGAUAGUGAGAUUUCGUUGAAUUCAUCACAAGGGAAUUGGAGUAAUAUUGAUGAAAUUAGUAGAGUAGACACUGUUUUGAAAAUGCCUCAAGGUUUAACUUUGAGGAGAUCUUCUAAAGAUGUUCAGGAGGUUGAAGCUCAUUGAAAAGCUCUCAAAUAUGCCCAUUUUCUCCCCAACAGAAGAGUCUUUUUGAACAAAGAGUGAGCGGCUAUAGCUAGGGGGAAACAUAAAGAGCAACUAUAAAACGUAGAAGGGCAAUUUGGGAGAGAAAUAUAAUUACUAAAAAAAAAAAGGAGCCUUUUUGGAUGUUGUAAGAUCGCAAUUUUCUUCUCCCUUGUAUACCAAGUAAAGAAUGCGUUUAUAAUUCUCCAAGAAAACAGAAGCAGUUCUUUCCAAAAUGCUUUGGCCACCAAACAGAAAAGAAAAAAAUGAUGUAUCUAUGUAAUAUUUUGAAGAUUUAGAAAUAUUUUAAUUAAUUA